GAUUUCUGGUGGGAAAAGUCUUGAUCUUGCUUUUUGGUUUGGAGUAAUGGUGGGUGCUUGGUUUGUUGUUGGCUCACCGGUGAUGGACUCUUCGAGCAGUCCAUGUUUGUGUCUGGAUGCUCACACGACGGGUAACAUCAGGAGGAAGAAGAUCCUUGGCAGUGCAAGAAAUCUGGAAUUAGGAAGCUCUUUUACUGGCUCACGCAUUGUUUUUAGGCUUUCUUCGAAGCGUGUGUCGAGAAUUGCGAAUCGAAAGAGCAAAAAGCUCUUGAUUGUGAAUGAGGAUAUUGCUGGGAAUUACGAAGAUACCUUCGGUGAUGUCCAAAAGCAAAUUGUUAAUUAUUUCACAUACAAAGCUGUGAGGACGGUUCUUCAUCAGCUCUACGAAAUGAAUCCUCCUCAAUACACUUGGUUCUAUAAUCAUAUCAUAACAAACAGACCAACGGAUGGCAAACGUUUUCUUCGCGCCCUCGGCAAGGAGAGUCAGGAGCUUGCAGAAAGAGUGAUGAUCACGCGUCUUCACUUGUAUGGCAAGUGGAUCAAGAAAUGCGACCAUGGGAAGAUAUACCAAGAUAUAUCGGAUGAGAACUUGGCGUUGAUGCGUGAACGCCUGAUGGAAACAGUGAUAUGGCCUUCUGAUGACUCAGAGGGGCAAAAACAAUACCCUUCUUGUGCUCGGGAAACUUUCUCAGUCACCUCUUACGCUCACAAUCCUCACUCAGCACGAAACCACGCCGAAAAAUUCAUGGCGAAGACUAGCAUUUUUGCUGCUCCACCUUUUACCAACUUCGAAUUCCCGUCGCUGUUCCGUGUCAAGAACUCUUCGAUUAUCAGUUUCACCGAAACCAAUUUUCUCCGACAAUCGAUUUCGACCGGUAUCGUAAGAACUCCGACUCCAAGGGGAAUUGGGUUCGUCUCAUGUUCUUCGGUCACGGACGAAGCUUCUUCUGAAGAACUACAAGUUCGAACCUUGACAUGGAAGUGGAAAGGUUAUUCGAUAAGAUAUCAAUGUGCUGGAACCAGUGGCCCUGCCUUGGUCUUGGUUCAUGGUUUCGGUGCUAACAGUGACCAUUGGAGGAAGAACACACCUAUUCUUGGGAAAUCACAUAGGGUGUACUCAAUCGAUCUUAUCGGAUAUGGAUACUCUGAUAAACCGAAUCCUCGGGAGUUUGGUGGAGAACCAUUCUACACUUUUGAGACAUGGGGUGAGCAACUCAAUGAUUUCUGUCUGGAUGUGGUCAAAGAUGAAGCCUUCUUUAUAUGCAACUCUAUUGGAGGACUUGUUGGUCUUCAGGCAGCAGUAAGUAAGCCAGAGAUAUGCAGAGGGCUUAUGCUUAUAAACAUAUCGCUCCGCAUGCUUCAUAUCAAGAAACAACCAUUUAUUGGAAGACCUUUCAUCAAAUCAUUCCAGAAUUUACUUAGGAAUACUCCAGUUGGAAAAUUAUUUUUCAAGAGCAUUGCUAAACCGGAGACAGUAAAAAGCAUUCUUUGCCAGUGUUACCACGAUAGCUCGCAAGUGACAGAUGAGCUAGUUGAGGCAAUUCUACGUCCAGGGCUUGAGCCUGGUGCAGUCGAUGUCUUCCUCGAAUUUAUCUGUUACUCCGGUGGACCCCUUCCAGAGGAUUUACUCCCACUGGUCAAGUGCCCAGUUCUAAUUGCAUGGGGAGAGAAAGAUCCAUGGGAGCCAAUCGAGCUUGGACGAGCGUAUAGCAAUUUUGACGCGGUUGAAGAUUUCGUUGUUCUUCCUGAUGCCGGCCACUGUCCUCAGGACGAGAAGCCAGAGAUGGUGAACCCACUUAUUGAAUCAUUUGUUGCGAGACACUGAAAGUCCAAUACAUCCAUCGCCCCAGA